CGUAGUUUUCACGUAAUGUGUAAUAAUUUUUGUAUUUUAAAAGAAUGAGAAAAUGAGUUGCAUGAUAGUUUUAACUAACAAAGCUUGGUUUUGUCAAGAAAAAUAUUAAAAUGUUAAGAUACAUUACAAUAAUUUUCAUAUCAUCACACGUUUCAGUCUACUCUCAAAGUUGUGAACCAAUUAAUUUUGGAGGUGAAAGCAUCGUUUGUAAAUGUAACUCAACCUAUUGUGAUUUUUACUCUGAUCCAAAACCGAUAACUACUGGUGAAUUUAUUUGGUAUGUUACGAGCAAGUCUGGACUACGAUUAAAUCGUUUUAUGGGAAAAAUUGCAAACAAGUGUGAAAAUAAUCACGUAAUAAAAAUCAAUUCCAACAUCCGAUAUCAAAGUAUGAAAGGUUUUGGAGGAGCUAUCACUGAUGCAGCUGGUAUUAAUAUUAAAAAACUUAGCGAAAAAUCCCAGGAUAAUCUAAUGAGAUCUUACUUUGGAAAAGAUGGUAGUAAGUACAAUAUUGGUCGCAUACCAAUAGCAGGUACUGAUUUUUCGACACGUGCGUACACUUAUGAUGAUACUUCUGGAGAUAAAGAGCUGAAAUAUUUUAAACUGGUCGAUGAAGACUUUUUAUACAAAAUGCCAUUAAUGAAACGGGCCAAAGAAUUAAAUCCUUCAAUACGCUUCUUGGCAACUCCUUGGACUGCUCCACCCUGGAUGAAAAGCAACAAGAAGUAUAAUGGGUUGGGAUGGUUACUUGAUGAGUACUAUCAGACCUACGCCAACUACAUAAUCAAGUUUUUAGAAGAAUACCAAAAGCAUGGUUUCAAUAUGUGGGCUGUCUCAACUGGAAACGAGCCACUGGCCGUAUUAAAUCCCCUUAGCCACAUCAAUACAAUGCUGUGGACCCCGUGUUCUUUAUCAGCAUGGGUUGUUGAAUAUUUAGGACCUUCUUUACAGAAGUCCAUUAGCAACAGCACAUCUAUUCUCAUUAUAGAUGACCAAAGACUCACCCUACCUAUAUAUGCAGGCGUUAUGGCAAUUUUUUAUAGAAAUACUUUACAGUAUGUAAAAGGCCUUGCUGUCCACUGGUAUUUGGAUGAAUUCAUUCCACCAUUCACGCUCGAUAUAACUCAUAUGAUGAUUCCUGAUAAGUUUAUCAUAAGUACUGAAUUUUCUGUAGGCAAUCGUCCUUGGGAAAUGAUAAAAGUAGAUCUAGGUUCAUGGUCUAGGGCUGAAAGAUUAAUACUAAAAUUAAUUCAAAACAUCAACCAUUGGGUUUCUGGUUGGAUAGAUUGGAACUUAGCUCUGGAUAUAAAAGGAGGUCCUAACUGGGUUGGCAACAACAUCGAUGCACUGAUAAUUGUUGAUCCAGAAAAUGACACAUUUUACAAACAACCCAUGUAUUAUGCUAUGACCCAUUUUAGUAAAUUUGUGUCUCUUUCUUCAAUUAGAAUAGAAGCCAAAAGUAAUUUUAAUACAAUUGCAUUUACAGCAUUUUUAACCAGCGACAAUUAUGUAGUUCUUAUUUUGUACAAUUCAAAUGCCAAUCAACAAAACGUAUCGAUAGUGGAUGACAAAGUAGGUAGCAUAAAUAUAGCAUUAACUGCUUAUUCCUUACAGACAAUUUUAUACAAGAAUCGUUGAGUUACAAAACAUCUUUAAUAUUUUGUAAAAAGAAAUUCAUUGAAAGUGUCAUUGUUAGAAUUAAAAUCUGCAGCAGCUAAUAUUCGAAUAAAAACUUUUUCUGUAACAGAACAAUGUGUAGAUAAUGAAUAAAAAGA